CAACAACAUUCGUCGCGAACAGGAUCUGACCUGUCGAUGAUAGUUAUCGGUGUAAGAUUAAACGAUCUUGGCUAUAUAUUCGUGUGCCAUUCUGGGCUACGUUCAGUUGUGAAUAAGACGAUUGGAGUACUAACAAUAUAUUUGGAGCUAUGAACUUAACAUUGAUGUAUCUGAUUUUACUAUUCAUCGUUGAUAAUGCUAAAGCACAGGCGCACAAUUGCCUCGAAAAUAAUAAUUGUCGUGGAAACAAGUGCUAUUGGGUGGACGAUAAGUUAGAUGAUAAGUUAGAGGAUUGUUGGUUGCGUGGCUGCAAUGAUGGAUAUUGGGGACCUAGUUGUAGAAGUUACUGUAAUGAUGAAAACUGCCUGUCCUGUGAUCGCAAAUCAGGAGGUUUAUGUUCAAUUUGCAAAAAUGCAUAUUACAGAGUAAAUUAUGAAGAGUGUAAAUCGUGUGAAAAUUAUACGAAACAAGGAUGCAGAUGUACAAGUCAGGCUGCGUGUAACGACUGUUUGGAAGGAUACGAUUUACAUAUGUCUUACAAAACGGUUCCUACAUAUGUGUGUCGUGCCUGUACAGAUGGACGCUUUGGGAAACGUUGUACACUGUCAUGCUCAAUAGGAUGCUCUGACGUAUGUAACAAAACUGAUGGAACAUGUUUAUGCAAACCAAACUAUACCGGUGACAAAUGUGAGACCUGUAAUACAGGAUUGUACGGACAUCUUUGCGACAAAAAUUGUUCCACAGGUUGUCUAAGUCCAUGCAAUAAUGCUAAUGGCUCAUGUACAUGUAAGCAACAUUUUACUGGGGCGUUUUGUGAAUCAUGCAUUAAUGGCUGGUACGGUACAGAAUGCAAUCAACCUUGUUCAAAUAACUGUGUCUCGUGUCAUAAUGCAUCCAGUUGCAUUUCUUGUCAAACUGGUAAAUAUGGGAACAUUUGCCAGAAUUGGUGCCCACGUACUUGUGAAUCAUGUGAUUCUUCCGUGAAUUGUACAACAUGCACGACUGGGUUUUAUGGUCCUUCCUGCCAAAUCAAUUGUAGCCAUGGGUGUGCAAACACAACGUGUGACAAACGAGCGGGCACAUGUUCAUCGUGUUUAAAAGGCAAAACUGGACAGCAUUGCAUAUACAAUUGUUCAGAAGGAUGUUUUGACGGAAUGUGCACACAAUACAAGGGAGAAUGUUCACUUGGUUGUAAGCAAGGAUACUAUGGUAACAGAUGUUUGUCUCAGUGCCCUAUAAAUUGUCUAGAUUGUUCAUCCGCGGAAAAGUGUGGCACAUGUGAGCUUGGAUAUUAUGGCGCAUAUUGCCAAUUUAGUUGUAGUGAUGGAUGUGCUGAAAAUUAUUGUCACAAACAAUAUGGGACAUGUUCACCGUGCGUAAAAAGUAAAACAGGAAAAUACUGCACAGCUAACUGCUCAGAAGGAUGUCUAUACGAAAGUUGUAACCAAAAUGACGGAAAGUGUACACAUGGGUGUAAACAAGGAUUUUACGGCCUGACGACAUGUGAGAAUCAUUGUCCUAAUAAAUGUGUUACCUGCUCAUCGGCGAAACUAUGUUUAACAUGCGCCAAUGGAUACUACGGUUCUAGAUGCGGAAGCCAAUGUCCCGACACGUGUCAGACCUGUGACGAACACGGUAUAUGUUUAACGUGUAAAGUCAACUAUUUUGACCCAGACAAGAAAUGUCAGUGUUUGCAAGGUUUGUGCGAGUCAAUACCAUGCGUUGCUUGUUCAAACAGUACCUACUAUGCAAAUGAACAUUCGAAUACCUGUUGCCCAUGUAGCAGUCAAUGCAAACAUUCUCUCUGCUCAUCAGCUGAACUGUGCACACAUGGGUGCGAAAAUGGAUAUUUUGGGACUGGGUGUGAGAAUGUUUGUUCUAUCCGAGAUCAAAUGUGUACGAUAUGUAAUGAAAACACGUUAAAUACGUUUGUAUGCACAACCUGUAUUGACAGGUUUUAUCCGAAUUCAAACAGAACAUGUAUACCGUGUUCCGCUAACUGUUUUGAAGGGAAUUGUAAUAACUCGACUGGGCACUGUGCAAAUGGAUGUAAAGAUGGAUUCUGGAAUUUCAAGUGCGAAAACACAUGUCUAGAAAAUUGCUCAGUGUGUGAUCAGGACAGCGGCAAAUGCUUGAUUUGCUCUACUUCAAGUUUGCAUGGGAUCAAAUGCGAAAACACGUGCAAUAGCAAAUGUACCAAUAAAUCCUGUUAUAUGAAUGGAAAUUGUAAAAGCGGAUGCCUUUCAAACUAUUAUGGCCCAUCUUGUGACACGCAAUGUCCGAUAAACUGUGCACAAAAUGGAAGUGAAUCUCGAUGUUCAUCUGAAACCGGAAUCUGCAUGUAUGGCUGCAAUGCAGGGUUUACAGGAGGCAAUUGUAUGGCAGAUCUCAAGCAAGGCAGCUCUUUAGAUUCAAUUUUCGCAGCUGCGAUUGGAGGAGGAUUUGCUGCUGUUUUUAUAGUUGUUAUCGUGAUUGUUAUCGGACUUGUUACCUUCAAGCGUAGAAAAACUCGUCACCCAAAGACUGCAAUUGUUCGUGAAACAUCAUAUGAUGCCGCCAUCUCCGUGGCACCGGUGUACGCGUCUGUUGUGCGUCAUCGUGCAGUGUCUGUAAACACGUCCUCUGUGAAAGAAACCUCUUUCGGCAACGUGACAAACCCUGUCUACACGAACAUCCUUAGCGACGAACACCUUGCGAUGGCGAAUGUUACUUCUGAAGACAGUCUGGAAGUCGGCAAGUAGUCUUUCAAACU